AUGCUAUGUGAGUCUACUUUGAAACCAUAUCACUCUCGCCGAUACUUCUAUCGUACUGCGAUGGUUUCGAAGCUGUUCGCGCUCGGCGCUGUGCUUCUCGCCUCUGCCAUCGCUGACAUCUUCGACUCGUCUCGGACCAAUAUCUCCAGCGCUGCUACUGAGAACGCCAAGGUCGAAACCGCCGUAUUGGAUGACCCUUGGCUGCAAAACCCCGCCGAUGACGCUGUAUGGAAAAGGGCGAGAGACAAAGGCGAGAACUUGAUGCUAGGCAUGACCUUCAACCUUCCAGAGGCUGGUUGGGCCACCCAACCAAUCAUUAGUCCCUGGGAUGGAACGCUCAAGCACGAAUUGGAACUUUGGGGCUAUCAAGAAUUUGACAACACGCCGGAGCGUUGCGAUCUUGAGGAAGACGGCGAAGGGUUUCAAGAUAUGCUCAAAGAGUUAGGUGCGGAUCAUAGGGAUGUACGUUUAGGAGGGGACAACAUCUGUCAUACAAUUUGGCAUCGAGACGGCGCUACCGUGGAGAAGGACGAGAACGGCAACAUACCACUGAAUCCUGCGGACCAAUACUACCCCGUCCGUAAUUGCAAAUAUAGGGCUACCAGCGCACAAUUCACCAUUGCCAUAAAUCCAAAGGCUGGUAUCAUCUUUUUUCUCUACCGUUCGAGCCCCGCGAACAUGGCGAAAGCUAUAUGGGGAGUAGACUCCGUCAGCCCGGACCAAUUGCCUGCCCUCAGGUCAAGUUCAGAUAUUGCCUGGGGUCUCUGGAACAGGCAUAGCCAAGGAAGCCUCUCCAACAUCAACUACUUCUUCUCAAGCCAAAUUGUGAACCGGCAGACGCUCAAUAUCAUCACUAGAGCUAUGAACAAUAAAAAACAGGACCGCCUGCUGCAGGCGCCGGGAUACACAUUCAAAGCUGGAACUCCCGAAUUCUUUGCCCUGAUAGGAUCGCCGAACCUCAAAGCAGCAGCCUGGUUUGUCGCGCAGCACAAGGCCCAGUUCGGCCACAGUCGUUAUAUCUCUGAGGUCCGUGUAUUCCAACCGAACAACAUCAUGUUACCCCAGGUCUCGAUGCUUGUGAAGGUCGAGCGAGCGCCAACGCCCCCGAAAUUUCCAUCUGAGUUAAUACCACCUGAAAUGAAUGCGGAUUCAGGCCGCGCGAAAAGAAGGCAGUCCAAAGGAAAGCUAGUCGCAUCGCUCGACAUCGAUAGUGAGAAGGAUGUGGAACGUGUGGAUCUGACCCACGAGGAUGUCAAUGUGACCAGGAUGCCUACCGAGUACGGCGACGAGACCGUGGCUGAGCUCGAAUGGCUCCCGCCGAAACAAGAAUAUAUUGCCAACCUACGCUCAGUCGCACCCCCAGCGGACGAGCCAACGUGUGCUAUAUGUCGUGGUGAGUGGGAAUAUCCGGCCCAGGAAGUCGUCGAGCCAAGCCCUCACUGCUCUCGACAUCCUCUUCACAAAGACUGUCUUCUCAUAACCUUUGCAACGGAAGACGGAGAGGAGGUCAGCAAUCUGUGUCCAUUUUGCCGUCGUGAGCUUUUCGAGAAGAUCACACAGCCGCCUGUGGAGCCCCCGAGUAACACGAACACUGUCUACCAGCAAACUGCCCAACUAUAUGACGGCCUUGUGGCGCUUCAUAUUCAGAUUGAAUACAACGACGACAAAACCGAAGAUCCACAGCUGCUGUAUCCUUCUGGUCCAACUAUUGAGGACGCCUUGCAGAAAGACGGUUACUGGUCUGCUCUUCCCCGUUUCUUGGACGAAUGGUACCACCGCAAUGCAUUUCAGAUUAUCGAGCAGAAAAAAAGCUAUAGGGAACCACUGUCGAUCGUGGAGAUGGGUCGCGCAGCUUUUACUGCGCUCUUGGGUUCUGGCGAGCCACCGUCUCGCAGGAUUACACGUCUCACAGACGAAGGUCGCGCAGCUAUCACUGCGCUCUUUGCACACGAAACUGACAAAUCAGACUUGUGUCUAAAGGCUACAGAGCUAUUAGAUCACCAACAAGGCGAAAUUGUCAUGCAAUGUAUCCGCGCCGCCCUCAUGUACUACGACCAGUCUGCCUUCCCCCAACACGUCGAGGAUCUGCAGGGCAAAACUCGUUGGCUCAUUGCCUACCAUGUCCUUACUUCUCUAUUAACAGGACGCAGACGCGCUGAUGAGGACGUCUGGUAUCGAGGAACAAACAUACCCCGCUGGCUCCAGCUGGUCCGUUUCCGUAAGAUGCUGUACCGAGGAAUCGACCAAUGGGCCUCACCGACCUUCUUCGCCAGCCAACCCCCACUCGAGAUAAAUUUUCCUUACGGUCACCUUAUGGGUGUUACCGAGGGCUUCGGCGAGCAUGACUUAUUGGAAAUACAGUAUUUCCGGUCCACCGAUGCAGAGCCGUAUCGAACUCGUAUUGGACCCAUCGAUCGUGGUCAUAAGAUGAUCAUAAAGGAGGACACCUCGGUGUGCCCUUUAGAUCCCAAUCUCCCGAAUGGCACUAUUUUUAAAUUUCUGAAGGACGGAACCUUGACAGUUCGGGAACUCUGUCCUGCCUUCCUUCAUGACAUUUCCUGCAACCGUGAGGAAUGUUUCUUCGAUCUCGUUCACGCGAAUGGGAGUAUGCUGAGGAUCAUCCGUAGGGUUAUGCCGUAG